GUCAGUUAGAUGUCCCCACCGGGCUUCCGUAUCAGUGGAUUCAAUGAAGAUGCAAACCUGAAUACGAAUAGAAUCAAGUUUGUAAUAAAUAGUAUGGAGAGAGAACGCGACUUUAGGAAAGAUAAAAAAUGUUCGUAAGAGAUCUCUGUGGUAUUGUUUGCAUUAUUGUAACUUAUAUUGCCGUAUUUUAUGCCGAUUACGUCGUCGUACGAUGGAUUGUUCUACAUACAAUGCAAGACAGCUUGUGGGGUCCCUUUCAUGUGGUUACAUUCAAUACGGUUGUCCUACUGCUCGUGAUGUCCCAUUUGAAAGCAGUGUGCAGUGAUCCUGGAGUAGUACCUUUACCCCAAACAAGAAUGGAUUUUUCCGAUAUCCAUACGGGAGGAAACAGGGAUGAUUUUGAUGAGAGAGAUGAUUGGACAGUAUGCACUCGGUGCGAGACAUACAGACCGCCAAGAGCCCAUCAUUGCAGGAUAUGUAAACGAUGUAUUAGGAGAAUGGAUCAUCAUUGCCCAUGGAUAAAUAACUGCGUUGGAGAACGUAAUCAGAAAUAUUUUAUACAAUUUCUGGUGUACGUUGGAAUAUUAGCGUUUUAUGCUAUAACGUUGGUCAUCCUUUCAUGGGUCUCUGAUUGUUCUGAGUGUAGUAACGACGUAGCAAUAAAACAAAGCCGAAUUUUGCACUGUGUAAUACUAGUGUUGGAAUCAGCCUUGUUUGGAAUGUUUGUGGUAGCAAUUCUCGUGGACCAGUUUCAAGCUAUUUUGGGUGACGAAACAGCCAUAGAACGAAUUCAAGGCCACAACCAUCAUCACAACAAAACAACUCCGCGUACUUUAACUCUUCUCGCUCAAGUGUGUGGGAAAAGUCAUCCUGCGUUAUGGUUACUUCCAUGUCACAAUCCUCCUCGCUAUUCAUGCCGUAAAGAUGCCCAUUUAAUUGAUCAUCAAGUCUAAGUUUAAUAUAAAUGACAGCAUGUUAAAAAUGUUCUGGUAGCAAUUUUGUUGAAAGCAAUGAACCAAUGGAACAGUACAUGCGCAUCAAAAUAAAAUAAUGCUUUCACAAGGUAUUACCAAAUUUGUUGAUAGUAAGUGAUGUGGCAGAUGAAUCGUGAUUUAUUGAACAGCAUGUGAUUUCUCGUAAGUCUCAUGAAUUUGAUUUUUGCUUACCUGAAAAUCUGUGCAGACUACGUGUGCUGAGAAAUAAAUUCUUUGCAAAAUGAUGUAUAUGAUAAAAGCCACGGGACCCCAAUAAUGUUUGCUCCCUGGUGGAUCUGUAAACUGGCAAAUACUAUUUUCUCUGAUUGAUUCUGUACUUAACGCCAGAUAUUCGUUUUUUGAAAUCUGCCUAUGUAUACGUGAUAAUCAGUCCAGAUACUUUUCAAAACCAAGAUGGUUAAUAACUGUUGAAGCAGCGUAAUGACCGAUUUCGUGGUCGGGCAUGACUGUUUUUUAUGCAGAAGAAUAUCGAUUUUGUGCUUGUAUGAAAAUGGAUUAUUCUUGAGGCGGGUCACUGUAAGGAGGCUAAUUACUUUUGCUUGCUUAAGUAUCAACCGAUAUUAGUAGGAUAGAGAUCAUAAAUUAUUAUUUAUCUAUUAACGAUUCGAAAAAUCGUGUAUCAGUUCGGUGUAAAAAAUCAUCGGACAAAAUAUAAUUAAUGUAGUAGCAUAUCAAACUGGAAAGUUCAGAACAGUUGAAUACAUUCUGAUUUAAAAUAUUACGUACCAAGUACAAAGAUGAUUUUUGUAUCUGUUAUUUCUCAGUAAUCAGAUUUUUUUCAGUUAAUUCAACUUUUCGUUGCUGCAAUCUAGUCACUUUUUGCAGGAAGACGAAGAUUUUAUCAGUUUUGUUACAAUAUAGAUUUUUUUAUUGUCCCUAUAGCAAUAUGAAUAAAGUGAUAAAUAGCUAUGUCCAGAUAAACAGACUAUAUUUUUGGUAAUCAGCCAAAUUUGUUAACUAUCUAUUCCUUCACGAAUUAGUUAAUUAUUCCGAAGUAAACCAAUUUAAUUAUACAAUAUUUUCGUUGAAUGUAUAAAAUAUUGAACUGAUGAUUACUAACCGCACAUUUAUACAAUAUAUAUUUUAUUCCCUAACUUAAAAUCCAAGCCGAAAGUGGUUUAUCAUUCCAGUAAUCAUGAAUAAUGUAUGUAUAUUGUAAUCCUACAACAUUCUUAAAUUAAGAAUUGCACGUAUAAUGAAAUAAACAUGAUGGACUUAA